AUGACCGCGUCCCCCUCGCAGGUGCGCCUGAACUACCACCAGGACUCGGAGGCCGCCAUCUACCGCCAGAUCAACCUGGAGCUCUACGCCUCCUACGUCUACCUGUCCAUGUCUUACUACUUUGACCGCGAUGAUGUGGCUUUGAAGAACUUCGCCAAAUAUUUUCUUCACCAAUCUCAUGAGGAGAGGGAACAUGCUGAGAAACUGAUGAAGCUGCAGAACCAACGAGGUGGCCGAAUCUUCCUUCAGGAUAUCAAGAAACCAGACCGCGAUGAUUGGGAGAACGGGCUGAAUGCAAUGGAGUGUGCAUUACAUUUGGAAAAGAGCGUGCAUCAGUCACUACUGGAACUGCACAAACUGGCCACUGAUAAAAGUGACCCCCAUUUGUGUGACUUCAUUGAGACUCAUUACCUGAAUGAGCAGGUGAAAUCCAUCAAAGAAUAGGGUGACCACGUAACCAACCUGCACAAGAUCGGAAGAGGGUC